CCAACAUUUCAAAAACGCUGAAAGCAGAGAGAGAGAGAGAAAAGAAGAAGCAGAAGAAGAGAGAGAGAGAGAAGAAGAAGCAGAAGAAGAGAGAGAGAGGUUACUUUUUAGAAUUUUCUGAAUCAAUCAAUAUUCAAAUUAGAAAGAAGAACACUCAAGUCCACCAUUUCUAUAGCUUUUAGAGAGAGAGACUGAGAGAUCUGGUUUCAGAUCGUAGCUUAGGGUCUGGUUUAGGGUUCGGUUUCGAUCGAUCCCUAUCUUUCAGGCACACGUUUCCAACUACUAAUACUUUCUCUCUCCUUUCGGUUUUUGAUUCGUUGAUUCUGAUAAUCGAUGGCGGCGAUCGAGGAGUUGUCAGAGCUCGCUGAUUCCAUGCGUCAAGCGGCGGCGCUACUUGCCGACGAGGAUAUCGACGAAACCAACGCUUCUUCCAAUCCCAGAAGACCUUCAACUUUCCUUAACGUCGUUGCUCUCGGCAACGUCGGUGCUGGUAAAUCAGCGGUUUUAAACAGUUUAAUUGGACAUCCAGUUUUGCCUACUGGUGAGAAUGGAGCUACUAGAGCUCCAAUUUGCAUUGAUCUACAACGAGAUACUUCUUUGAGCAGCAAAUCCAUUAUAUUGCAGAUUGACAAUAAAUCUCAGCAAGUUUCAGCAAGUGCUUUAAGACAUUCCUUGCAGGACAGGUUGAGUAAGGCUUCCUCAGCGAAGGCUCGAGAUCAAAUAUAUUUGAAGCUACGCACGAGUACAGCACCCCCUCUCAAGUUGGUUGAUUUACCUGGGUUGGAUCAGCGCAUCAUGGAUGAAUCAAUAGUUAGUGAAUAUGCGGAGCAUAAUGAUGCCAUUUUGGUAGUUAUUGUACCUGCCACUCAAGCACCCGAAAUUGCUUCCUCUCGUGCCCUAAGAAUGGCAAAGGAAUAUGAUGGAGAAGGUACCAGAACUGUUGGCGUUAUUAGUAAAAUAGAUCAAGCUGCAACAGACCAAAAGGCAAUAGCUGCAGUUCAAGCACUUCUACUGAAUCAGGGUCCUGCAAGAGCAUCAGAUAUUCCUUGGGUUGCAUUAAUCGGUCAAUCAGUUGCAAUUGCUACGGCGCAGUCUGGAUCUGCUGGUUCUGAAAAUUCUUUAGAAACUGCAUGGAGAGCAGAAAGUGAAAGCCUGAAGUCAAUAUUGACAGGAGCCCCUCAAAGUAAGCUUGGAAGGAUAGCUUUGGUGGAUACUCUGGCACAGCAGAUUCAGAAUCGCAUGAAGCUGCGGGUGCCUAACCUUCUUUCUGGGUUACAAGGGAAGUCUCAGGUAGUUACGGAUGAACUGGCUAGGCUUGGUGAGUCAAUGGUCACCACUGCAGAGGGUACUCGUGCUAUAGCCUUGGAACUUUGCCGUGAGUUUGAAGAUAAAUUUCUACAGCACAUUACCACUGGCGAGGGAGCUGGUUGGAAAAUUGUUUCCUGCUUUGAGGGGAGAUUUCCUGAUAGAAUGAAGCAAUUACCGUUAGAUAGGCAUUUUGAUAUCAACAAUGUAAAGAGGAUUGUGUUAGAAGCUGAUGGUUAUCAGCCAUAUCUCAUUUCCCCUGAAAAGGGAUUAAGAUCACUAAUCAAAGGUGUUCUAGAGCUAGCGAAAGAGCCAUCACGUCUUUGUGUUGAUGAGGUACAUCGUGUCCUGAUGGAUAUUGUAUCGGCUGCUGCCAAUGCUACACCUGGUUUAGGAAGAUACCCACCUUUCAAGAGAGAGGUUGUGGCCCUUGCAACUGCUGCACUAGAAGGGUUUAAGAAUGAAUCAAAGAAAAUGGUGGUUGCACUAGUUGAUAUGGAACGUGCUUUUGUGCCACCCCAACACUUCAUUCGCUUGGUACAAAGGAGGAUGGAAAGGCAACGCCGAGAAGAGGAGUUGAAGGGCCGAUCUUCGAAAAAAGGGCAUGAUGCAGAGCAUUCUUUACUUAACCGGGCCACUAGUCCACAAACCAGUGGGAACAUGAAAUCACUAAAGGAGGAGAAGGAUAAGGAUAAGGAUAAGGAAAAGGACAAAUCCGGUCAGGCAGAGAAAGAAGGGCAAGAAGGCUCUGGUUUAAAGACUGCUGGUCCUGAAGGAGAAAUAACCGCAGGGUUUUUGUUGAAGAAAAGUGCAAAAACUAAUGGUUGGAGCAGGAGAUGGUUUGUGCUAAAUGGAAAAACAGGAAAGCUUGGGUACACAAAAAAACAAGAGGAAAGGCAUUUUCGUGGCGUUAUCACAUUAGAGGAAUGUAACAUUGAAGAGGUUCCAGAUGAAGACGAUCCUCCACCAAAAAGCUCAAAAGACAAGAAGUCUAACGGACCUGAUUCUAGCAAAGUCAACCUCGUAUUUAAAAUUACCAGUAGAGUUCCUUAUAAAACUGUUUUGAAAACACACAGUACUGUUGUUUUGAAGGCUGAGAGUGCAACUGAUAAGACUGAAUGGAUUAACAAGAUAAGUAAUGUUAUACAAGCAAAGGGAGGGCAAAUAAAAAUUUUAUCUGAGGGUGGCUCUGCCAUGAGGCAUAGCCUCUCUGAUGGUUCCUUGGAUACAAUGGCUCGAAGACCUGCUGAUCCUGAGGAAGAACUUCGAUGGAUGUCCCAAGAAGUCCGUGGUUAUGUUGAAGCUGUUUUAAACAGUUUAGCUGCUAAUGUACCAAAGGCAGUUGUCCUUUGCCAAGUUGAAAAAGCUAAGGAGGACAUGCUGAACCAAUUAUAUAGUUCUGUCAGUGGUCAAAGCACGGCUAAGAUUGAGGAGCUGCUUCUAGAAGAUCAAAAUGUAAAGCGCAGUAGAGAGCGUUACCAGAAACAAUCCUCGCUUCUGUCCAAACUGACACGCCAACUGAGUAUACAUGACAAUCGUGCAGCUGCUGCCUCUAAUUGGUCAAAUGGGAGUGCAGAGAGUAGCCCGCGAAGCAGUGGACCAGGUGAUGACUGGAGAUCUGCCUUUGAUGCAGCUAGCAAUGGCCCUGUUGGCCGUAGCGGUUCAUCAAGAUCUGGGUCAAAUGGUCAUAGUCGACAUAAUAGUGAUCCUCCACAAAAUGGUGACAUGAACUCUGGCAGCCGCCGGACUCCUAAUCGGUUGCCGCCUGCUCCACCAGGUUCUUCAGGUUACAAAUAUUAACAAAUGGCCAAUAUUUCAUGUUUUGUUACAUUUUUAGAACGCGAGAUUGCUCCUGCCCCAUUUCAUACCUUUGAGGAUAAGGUCGUCGUCGCAAUUCUUUGUUCCUGCCAGGAUAUUUAGGUGAUGAAAAAGGUUUGUGUAUAUAGAAGACUAGUUUGUUAGUAAAUAUGUUUUCCGGGCUUGUCCCAUUUUCCGGAAGUAUGGUAUCAAGUUGGACUUCAAAAGAUUGAUCUGUGUUUUUCUAUUCAAUAUUCUUUUUACUUUCAUACCUUAUAAUGUUGUUUUCUUUUUUUCUUCUUCGAUUUUGGGAUUUUGCACUCAAUUUUGGAUGCACCUGAUGUAAUUUGCUUUAUAAUAUGAUGAUUGAAUAGCACACCAUUUUGGGUUAUAAGAGUAACAUUGGAAUAUUUUAAUAAUGGGGGAUGUGUUAUAUCA